AUGCUCUUCUCGACGUUGGCUGAACCACAGGCAGUAUAUUGUUUUCUCUUCUCUUCAAAUACUGCGCAUAUCUAUCUAUCUAUCUAUCUAUCUAUCUAUCUAUCUAUCUAUCUAUCUAUUUAUCUAUCUAUCGAUCUAUCUAUCUAUCUAAAACCAACGGAGAGUAGAAAAAUCUAUCUAUCUAUCUAUCUAUCUAUCUAUCUAUCUAUCUAUCUAUCUAUCUAUCUAAGGUGGGUGGGAGACAAUCUCUUUGUGAUUGUGUAUUUAUUUCAAGUAUCUAUCUAUCUAUCUAUCUUUGCCAGUCUCUUAUCUAUCUAUCUAUCUAUCUAUCUAUCUAUCUAUCUAUCUAUCUAUCUAAGGUGGGUGGGAGACAAUCUCUUUGUGAUUGUGUAUUUAUUUCAAGUAUAUCUAUCUAUCUAUCUAUCUAUCUAUCUAUCUAUCUAUCUAUCUAUCUAUCUAUCUAUGCCAGUCUCUUAUCUAUCUAUCUAUCUAUCUAUCUAUCUAUCUAUCUAUCUAUCUAUCUAUCUAAGGUGGGUUGGAGACAAUCUCUUUGUGAUUGUGUAUUUAUUUCAAGUAUCUAUCUAUCUAUCUAUCUAUCUAUCUGUCUAUCUAUCUAUCUAUCUAAGCGGUUUGGAAGAGAUCAAUAUCUUUACGACUACUUAUCUAUUUCAAGUCUCUUUAUCUAUCUAUCUAUCUAUCUAUCUAUCUAUCUAUCUAUCUAUCUAUCUAUCUAUCUAA